AUGUCUUUGUCAGUUGACGGCAUUGCGCUGCCGGGGCGCGUCGGCGCUCGCGACGCCGCUGCACAAUUCAGAGAGCUGGCCGCGAAGUAUCAGUUUGAUGAGCGCAUCGCCACCCACCUGGUCGAAACCGUGGGUCUAGAGACGUUGGUCGAUUUCGCGCAUGCCGUCACGAGCGAGAACGAGUGGGCGCCGAUCCUCGAGCGCGUGCCGGAUCUCGAGAGGAGGCUGGGACAGCUGUCCCGCGUGCGCCAGGCCAGCGGCGGCUUCGGCGGCGGCUUCGGCGGCGCGCAGCCGCAGAUGGCAGGCGCGGUCGCGCCGCAGGCAGAGGCGCAGCAGGCGUGCCUCGAGGUGCAGAGGCGCAUGGAGGAGCUGCACCCCGUGCUCCAGCGGGCGUCGGGCCAGGGGGCCCCCGUGGCGGCCAGCACGAGCGCGGCGCUGCAGCAGAGCUUCGUGGCCUAUACGUACUCGUUCUCGGACAACCCGGCGGUGCCCCGCGGCAACUCCGCCCAGUUCAACCCCGCCGUCCACGUUGACCACGCGAAGUGGGCCCAGGCGAUGCAGAACAACCCGGACCCGGCUUCCUGCUACCCAGAGCCCCUUGUCGGCCUCUCCGCGCUGGAGGCCCGCGUCGGCAAGCAGAGCAGGGCGGUGGAGGCGCGCAGCCCUUGGCCUGGCG